AUGCAAAAUGAAAGUAAUAGUAAACCGUAUAAUUCUAAAAGUAUAUUUAAUGAAUCGACCAUAGUAUCCGAAAAUGUAUAUGAAUUAACUAAUAUAGAAUUCAAUUCUGCUGACGACAUUAGACAAAGAACGAAAGCUGUUUUAACCAAUAUAAUGCCUAACAGUACUGAAGAAACGCAACAAACAUUAAAAAAUAAUAACAUAUUUAAAAAUAAUCGCCAAUCAAAAGGUAUAGAAAUUCGAGAAGGUGAACAAAACAAUGCUAAUAAUAAAUUUAUAAAUAAAAGUAAGUUGAACAUUUCACGACCAAUUCAAACAACAGAAUUAAGACUCAAUAAAAAUGCCAUGUCGCUAUCGUAUUUCAGCAAUCUCUUAGCGGAUCGUAUCAUAUCGGAAAUUGAAUUUCCGAUUGGCUCUCAAGUGCACAGACUGUCUGUAAUGGAUGGCCCGCAGUCCCUGUUUCGCGAACUUCAUGAGAAUGAUAGAUAUAAUACGGAGCAAGACUUCGAUGUGGAAAUUGAACAAUGU